AUGUGGACUGGAGAAGGUCAGAUAUUCCAGCCUGAGCUUACAUCUAAUGCUUUCCUAGCCAAGGUCACCAGUAAUACAGUGAUACUGAAGCAGCCAUAUUGUGUUUUUAAUCAGCCGUGUCCUGGCUGUGAGAUAUGGCUGGUGGCUGGGCUGUGCUCAGCGAACGGCACCUUUGAUGCUCUAGUAAACAGCUCAACUACCAACAUCCUCAGCUUGUCACCCUACCCAACAGCAUUCAACCCAUCAUUAAACAACUUCUUUCUGACCAGAGUUGGACUUCUGUCAGACUUCCCCUGUAAUCAGUACCCCAAUGAUCGCUACUUCGUAGUCGGCGCUGAUGGGAUUUGUAGUGGGGUCAACUGUAACGGAGUAUUACCUGAUGGAUCCACCGUUUGUUUCAAGUAUCUUCUAAUCGAUGCUAAUGGGACUCUUGUUAAUUCGUCAGACUGGUCUGGCAACAUUACUCUUCCCAAACUACUAGCCCUUAACACCAUUUCUGAUGGUCUGAGUGCGAGAUCUGGUGCCAUGGUUGUCAUUACUACCAUCCUAUGUGUGGCUGCGGCUCUGCUUUUACUGCUUUUCCUCAUCAUGUUAUGUGUAACCUGCUGUACCAAGAAAGACGGUAAGAAAAUUUCAGUCAUGAACUCAAUCCGUAUCCCCCGCUAUGACACCCACAACCUAAAGGAGCGUGUGCACCCCUACGACAACCCAGCUUACCAGCCGGAUUUGAAAAAUUACUCCACAUCAUCCACUCUGCCCAGGGAUGGCGCACGAAAGCUGUGAGCUCCCAAAGACACCGUUACUGCACUGCAUAUUUCAUGGGAAGGCAAACUACUUUGCAGUAUUUUCUCUUUCAUUGUUAGUUACAAGGCAAAAUAGAGGACAGAAGUAAACUUGAAAUUAACCCAUCAAAUAUCAACAUAUGUUACAUUGCUGUUUUGCACGGUUGUGCUAAAAGCUUCUUUUUAGUCAUCAUCUUCCAUGUUUUUGUAAUGUCUUGUGUCCUCAGUAUUGUUUGUGAUCAAAGGAACACUGCACUGCACUGACUAUAACAUGCAAAUUCACUAGAUGGCACUGUUUAGUGGGAAAUAUGUGGCAGAGUGCCAGUCAUAGUGU